CGGGGCUGGAAUAGGGCUGAUUCUUCCGUGUUCCUGCCCCCUCUCCGCUGCCGGAUGUGUGAUGUGGCUCGAGACAUCCCGUAACUAUGUCUGCAAUCUUCAAUUUUCAGAGUCUACUGACGGUAAUCCUACUCCUUAUUUGUACCUGUGCCUACAUAAGAUCCUUGGCUCCCAAAUUACUGGAUACCAAUCAAACUGGAUUACUGGGCAUAUUCUGGAAGUGUGCCAGGAUUGGUGAACGGAAGAGCCCUUACGUAGCCGUGUGUUGUAUAGCAAUGGCCUUCAGUAUUCUGUUUGUACAGUAACAGUUGGAAAAAUGUCAGGAAUAUGUUGCUGUCAUACUACAAUGGAAUAAAGACUCUGGGAAGCAGAAAAGAUGGAAAAUAUAUUCUACACCUUUAUUACUUUGUACAACAAAUUUGUGACAAGUUCCAUAUUUUCCAUAGUAGAACAGAAAUGCAUUAAUUUGUAAGAAUCCUGUUAUUAACAGUCAUAUUUGUAGAUUUUCCAUAUUCAUUCAUGUAAACUGUAUUCUGAAGUUCAAUUGAGAUUUUAAGACAGACAGCUAAACAAUAUUUGUUUGAGACAUGAUUUGAUGUUAGAAUCCCAAGUCCUUUUAAACUUCUGUAGUUACAAAAUGUUUACAAAAUCUACAUUUUUAAAUACAAAUCGGAAAACUGAAGAAAGCAAAAUCUAGACAUAGACAAAGAAAGGCAAAAUAAAACAAGGUCAAUAUCAGUGAACAAUUACAGCUAAAAUUAUGUAAGCAUUAUUCUAACUAUGAACAAGACCGAGUUAAAGGCAGAGAGAUAUAAACAAAAGCUUUAAAAUGAAGAAUUUCAAAUUAGAUUGACUAAUGACAUUAAUAAUAAGUCUUUGAUAUAAAGAAACCUGUACCAUAGUAGAAAACAACUGCACACAAACUAGAUCCUUGUUCACUGUGAAUUCAACAAGCAGAUGUUUUCUGUUUUAGUCAGCACUUAUCAAAUAUUUUUUGAUUAAGUUGCACUUCAUGUUUAAUAAACAGCUUGCACAAUU